GAUUCACAUGGAACUAUGGCCAGGGCCCAAGAAGCUCCAGCAACUGGAAAGAAGACCUCGGACCCGAGAGAGGCAGGAAGAAUGGGCAGCGCCCGGUGCGGUGCUAUUUUCUUGGUUCUCUGCAUCUUCGCCCAGCCCUGUGCCCAUGGACAAAGCCUGGAUCCAGAGCCGUUGGGGAGACCACAAGUCGUGGAAACAAAGAAAGUCCUGCAGAAGAUGGAGACCACUUUCCUGCUCCUCCUGGACGAGGACAGCCCAGGCUGUGAGAUAGGACCCCACCGGCCCAACUCACUGCAGAAGUGCGGCUUCAACGCCUCCCGCCCGCUGGUGCUCAUUGUGCAUGGGUGGUCGGUGGAUGGCACCCUGGAGAACUGGGUACAUCAGCUGGCAGCCGCACUGGGGACCCAGCCAGUGAACGUGGCGCUGGUGGACUGGCUGGCCCUGGCCCACCGGCACUACGCAGUGGCCGUGCGCAAUGCGCGCCUCGUGGGCCAGGAGGUGGCUGCACUGCUGCGCUGGAUGGAGGAAUCUGCGCACCUGUCCCCGAGCAACGUCCACCUGAUCGGGUACAGCCUGGGCGCCCACGUGGCAGGCUUCGCAGGCAGCCUCAUCGGCGGGAGGCACAAGCUCGGGAGGAUCACAGGGCUGGACGCUGCCGGCCCGCUCUUCGAGGGCACGUCCCCCAGCGAACGCCUCUCUCCGGACGACGCGGCUUUCGUCGACGCCAUCCACACCUUCACCCGGGAGCACAUGGGCCUCAGCGUGGGCAUCAAGCAGCCCGUGGCACACGACGACUUCUACCCCAACGGGGGCAGCUUCCAGCCGGGCUGCCACUUCCUGGAGCUCUACAAGCACCUGGCGCAGCACGGCUUGAACGCCAUUCCCCAGACCAUAAAGUGCGCCCACGAGCGGGCCGUGCACCUCCUCAUCGACUCCCUGCUGCAUGAGGACGCACAGAGCACCGGCUACCAGUGCAGCGGCAUGGCCAGCUUCAGCCGGGGCCUGUGCCUGGACUGCAGGAAGGGCCGCUGCAGCUCCCUGGGCUACCACGCGCGCCGGCAGCCGCGGGGCAAGAGCAAGAAACUCUUCCUGCUGACCCGUGCCCAGGCCCCCUUCCGAGUCUAUCAUUACCAGUUCAGGAUGCAGUUCGUCAGCCACCUGGAGAGACCAGUGGAGCCCACCUUCACCCUGUCGCUGCUUGGGACCAAGGAGGAAGUGCAGCGGGUCCCCGUCACACUGAGUGAGGAGAUCGCCAGUAACAAAACCUACUCCUUCCUCGUCACCCUGGAGCUGGACGUGGGCGAGCUGGUCCUGGUCAAGCUCAAGUGGGAGCGCAGCGCAGUGUGGACCAGCGUCUGGAACACAGUGCAGGCCAUCGUGCCGUGGGGCGGACACUCGCGCUCCUCCGGCCUGGGCCUGGGCCUGGCGCUGCAGACCAUCCGAGUCAAGGCGGGCGAGACGCAGCAAAGAAUGACAUUCUGCUCGGAAAACAAGGACGACCUACUUCACCCAGCACAGGAGAAAGUCUUCGUGAGAUGUGAAGUAAACUCUAAAACACUGAAGCGAAAGAGCACAGGAGCUGUGAAACCCCAGUAAAGAAGACGUGAAUUUUCUUAAAGGGUUCAUCUGUCUAUUUGGAAACCAAAAUUAUAUAGAGAAUCUUGCAUAAAAUUUCAAUAAAGAUCAUAGAGGGGUCUAUUUCACUGCUAUAAACUGAAUUCUAAAAACAAGAUUAUACAACUAUUUUCAAGUCCUAGUGCAGCUAAAAAGCCCUAUUCUCAUCUCUGAUUGUUAAUAUAUGUAAAUAAGUACAAAUGUGAAAGUCAUUUAGACCUGUUGUUCUAAUUUACAAUGUCUUUUAUAAUUAAGUCAAAUUUC